CGUAACGCAGCCGCUCGCGCCGGCGCGACUCUGCCGUGCGCCGCGGCAGCCGGGGGACGCGGGCGAUGGCCGCCUUGCGGCCCCGUAGGAGGGCUCUGGUCUCUCCGCUCUGCCGCGCCUUCUCUGGACCAGGCUGUCAGCUCGCUCCCGAGCGAGCUGGGGAGCGCAGGGAUACGGCGCCGAGCCGGGUCUCAGGAUUCUGCCCUCCAAGAAAAUCUUGCCAUGAUUGGAUAGGACCCCCAGACAAACAUUCAAACCUUCGACCUGUUCAUUUUUAUGUCCCCGAAAAUGAAUCACCAUUGGAACAAAAGCUACGAAAAUUAAGACAAGAAACACAAGAAUGGAACCAACAGUUUUGGGCAAACCAGAAUUUGACAUUCUGUCGGGAAAAAGAAGAAUUUAUUCGCUCAAGACUAAAAGCUAAAGGCCUGGAACUGAGAACCGGAUCAGGUUAGUUCAUUUCUCAUGUGGGGCUUGAACUCAUGACCCUGAGAUCAAGAGUUGCAUGCCCUACUGACUAAGCCCGCCAGGUGCCCCUGGAACUGGGAAUCCUCAAAGUUCACGCGUGCUGCACCCUCGCAGCAAAGGGCACGUGAUGGCAUUCCGUCUGGGGUUCUGUGAGGACAGCGGGGUCGUUCCUGCCACAUCGAUUCGACCUACUGCGUGCCAGGCCCUGCUCGAGGCACUGGGAAUAGAGGAGCAGUGGAGGAGAGAGCCCUGUUGGGCCACCCACCCGUCUCGUGACCCCAGUGUCCUGUGCCCAUGGUGGGGACCGCCAUCCUCCUUGCCGGACAGCACCCCUUCUCAGAUGUCCUGCUCACCCCACUGGUCUUCCAGGAAAGUAAUUUCUUUCCUUUCAUGCCAUUGAAAACGAAUUGAUCAAUCUUCCAAAAAUGUGCAGGCUGCUUCAAGCUGCAUUUGUAGCCACUGGCUAUUGAUUCGCAGCGAUGAUCGUCUACUUUGUCCUCAGUCAGUCCUUGGGUGGAAAAGUACAGGAAGAGCCCCUGGAGGAGGGGACGAGAUGGAGGGAUGAGGUCGGCAGAUUUCCAGGGGUGGUUUCUGUCCAGGUAUUUGGGGUUAUUCGUGCUCCCCCAGCCCCUGCACACACGCACCCAGAGAUGAGUUUGCCAUCAAAACAGACCCACGGUUUGGUGCAGAUGGAGAUGAACGCACAGCCAGAGGUAUAGGCAGUGGCACUGGCUCGUGGAAGGUUAGGUAGGCCAUUUGCCAGAAGAACCAGUGGGCGGACAAGAUUUUUAUUUUAGAGAGAAACCAGCACCCCGGCACGUCCUCAGCACCUCCCAGGCCUGGCUGUGCUGCUGGGGACGUCCACCCCUGCGGGGACGCCUCUCAGAGCCACCCCUACAGCCCCAGCUCCUGCUCCGUGGCCGGAGUCCGUCCUUCCAGACGGCAGUGGGACCUCCCCACGGGGCGCCUGGGUGGCUCAGUGGGUUCAGCGUCGACUUUUCAUCUGGGCUCAGGUUGUGGUCUCACGGUUCGUGGGAUCGAGCCCCGCAUCGGACUCUGCGUUGACAGUGCAGAGUCCGCUUGAGAUUCUCUCUCCCUCUCCCUCUGCCCCUCCUCCACUCGUGCCCUCUCUCAAAAUAAAUAAACAUUUAAAAAAGAAAAAAGAAAGAAAGUGGGACCUCCUGUCAGCACAGGGUCCUGCUGCGUGUGGCUGAAAACCCCAGAACCUCGCCAUCCGUUGGAUGCGGCCUCCGGAGGGGCAGUUGUGUCUGUCUUUAUCUCCGUCUUCCCCGCCCCCACCCCUGCCUCGUCUCACCGCCUGGCACAGUGGACCUGGGCCAGUAGAUGUGCUGAGCGAGUGCGGUUGUGGGCCCCGGCCCUUCUACCAAAUAACGCUAACAGGAAGCGAGUGUUGCGGUCUGCCAGACAUGGCUCCCAGAGCUUCCCUUACAGGGAUUUGGGGCGCCCUUAGAAUACCUCGAGGGGCCCUGGGGGGUGUCUCCACAGAGCACAGGGCCUCUGGCCAGCCCCCCCCCCCCCCAGCUACAGUUCCAGCUGGCUCAGUCGGUGGAGCAUAUGACUCUGCAUAUCGAGCCCCACGUUGGGCAUGGAUCUUACUUAAAAAAAAAAAAACAAUUUCUGGGGCCCCUGGGUGGCUCAGUUGGUUGAGCAUCUGACUCUUGAUUUUGGCUCAGGUCAUGAUCUCAGGGUCAUGGAAUCCAGCCCCCCUUGAAGCUUUUCACUGAGGACGGAGCUUGCUUAAGAUUCUCUCUCUCUCCCUCUGCCCUCCCCCCCUACUCACUCGCUCUCUCUAAAAUAAAAGAUUUAAAUAAAUAAAUGUUUAUCCAUUUAUUUGGAGGGGAGGAGACGGAGGGGCAGAAAGGGAGAGCAAGAAUCCCAAGCAGGCUCCGUGCUGUCAGUGCAGAGACCGAUGUGGGGCUCAAUCCCAUGAACCGUGAGAUCAUGACCUGAGCCAAAGUCAAGAGUUGGACGCUCAACUGACUGAGCCACCCAGGCGCAGUUUAAAUAAGCAUUUAAAAAUAAAUAAAACUUGCUGAAGAAACAAUAUGUGUAUAUAUAUUACUAAAGUUAAGUUCACUUGCUUAUCUUUACCUUAUCUUUACUGUGGCGACUGGACCAUUUUAAAUGGCACCGCGGCUCGCAUUGGUUUCCCACUGGCCGGUGCUGCUGCAGCGAUCAUGGGCCACAGAGGUCGCCGUGGUCCAAGGGAGGGCUGGGUGAGUGUGACCAGUGCAGAGAGCCAUCACGGAGACCAGGCUGUACUGCUGGGAUGGGCUCGGCCUCACAGAGGAGUGAUGUUCCAGCUGGGCCUUGGCGGGUGAGCUCAUUUGCUUGUUCAAGAGGUCGGGUCAGUGAACAUUUUCUGAGCAAGUCCCCCACCCCAGGACCUGGCACCCACCAUUCUGCUCCCUGUUUCUCUUACGAGUCUGACGACUCCACAGGCCUCGCCAGCACGAGAAACAUGGCGGCCCUGGGCUCACCUUCUGGGAGCAGGUGAUGCAUCUGGCUUGUGUUGUCUACCCCCAAAACAGCACCUGGCAGAACGAGGCGAGGACAGUCCGCCUCCUUCCCCCGCCCCUCUCACAGGCUCCAGGAUGCAUCCACACUGAGAACAGAACGGUGUUUAACCCUUCCGCACUUCCUUUGCCUCAUCUGUAAAAUGGGGCAUCAGCAGUCUGCCUCCGGGAGACGGGCUGACCAUAGUGAGUGCUCCCAGAAGAUGUGUCCCUGUCCUAACCCCUUGUACCCAGGACUGUGCCCCUGUUUGGAAACAGGGACUUUGCAGAUGUAAUUAAGGUUAUCAGGGUGAGAUCACCGUGGGUUUAGGAGAGGACCCUACAUCCAAGAAAGGAGAAGGAGAUUUGUGACACAGGCACACAAAAGGGAAGGCCAUGUGACCAUGAGAGAGGCCGGGCCGGUGCGUCUUCAAGCCCGGGGGCUCGAGCCACUAUUGGGGUCUGGCCAGGGGCCUGCACACCCCUCCCUCGGAGCCCCAGGGGGAACCAGCCCUGCCCACACCUCGGCGUCUGACUUCUGGCCUCCAGAACUGUAAGAGAAUCUACUUCUGUUGUUUGGUACCCCCAGCCCCCACCUCGUUUGUGGUCACAGCAGCCCCAGCGAACAUACUGUGGCAGGCUCCAGACUUAGCGCUAAUGACAGCGGCAGGAGGAAUGGAGCAUUUUGGAAUGAGGUUGAGUGGAUGUGCAGUCCUGGGAGAGGGGAAUGAGAUUUGUGUCUGAUGGAUCAGCAGCUUCUCGAAAGAAUCAAUAAAUAAAAAUUUCCAGAGGCCCUGCUGAAA